UCUCAUGUUGUCUUACUUUGUAGCAGUUCCUGAUUCUUGCAGGUCGACCGAAUGUGACCCUAUCACCGACUGGUAGACUGUGGAGCCACUCGACUGCUUUGUUGUUUGGCGCCACUGUGUCAGGCUGGCUCUCGUUAUAAAGACCCUUCGCCCACCCCCCAGCUGGGGGGUGUUCCGGGUCUACUCAUCCUCUUCAUCGUUUCAUUCUCUUUUCUCUCUUGAUAUUCUGUUGUAUUCUGUUAGACAGACACUCGUUAGUCUCGUCCUUUCUUCUCAGUCUUUCCCGACUCUGCACUUUGCUUCUGUUGCUUCUGUUAUCGCUGGUUUCGAUAUCUUGGUCUCAAUAGAUCCGCUCUUUUCAACACCAUGAAGACCACCUCUUUGGUCUCGGUCCUUUCCCUUCUGGCCACUGCCCGGGCCACUGGCUUGUGGUGGGGUAGUGACGAAUGCUAUACUGCUCCCGAUAACACCGACAACGAGUGUACCGAGCAGCAGCAGUCUGGCUUCACCUGGGACGACCUCGAUAUUGGCGACUUCAGCUCGUUCGGUGGCUUGGACUUCUCCGGCUUCAGCUGCAGCAAUGGUUUCGGUGGACUGCGUACCCGGACCUUCAAUAGCAAAUGCAUUACCGGAAAGAUUGGCAAGGGUAUCACAAAGUCCUCCGGCCCGUCCAUCUCGUGCGGUGAGGACAGGGCUGGCUUCUCCAUUGACAAGUUCCACCUCUUCACCUCCGUCGACGCCGACGUGGUCAUCUCCUUUGGCAUGCCCGACGGUUCGACCUGCAAGAAGCACGCACGGUGCUCUUCCGCUGGUACGGAAGUCACCAAUGACCAGUGCGGUGGUGCUACAUCUGUUGGAUUCGAGCUGCCAGAUGACAGCGAGCACGACGACUGUGAUCUCGGUAUUGGAAGCAUCGGGUUCGUCUGUGGUCCAGGCAAGCCGACGUACACUCCUCCUGCUGAGACUCCCUCCGAGACGCCGUCCGCGACGCCUACUCCAGAGGCCCCGACGUCUAGCAGCACUCCUGUGAUCGGUGUCCCGACUCCUACUGGCUCCAGCCCUGUCACCUCGUCCACUCCUGUCAUCCCGCCUACUACUACGUCCUUCUCGAGCAUCCCCGGCAGCAGCUCCGUGCCAUUCACCAUCUCAACCGUCUACACCACCAGCGAGAUUACUAUCACGCAGUGUGCGUCUACCGUGACCAAUUGCCCUGCGGAUUCCACCUCGGUGACAACUUCGACGGUAUUCGUGUCCACUACCUGGUGCCCGGUAACUCCUACAGAGACGCCGUCCACUCCAACUGAUACUGAAGACGUCCCUCCUGCGGAGACCUCCUCGUCGGAGACCACUACCACUGUCUCAAUCCCCGCUGAGACGUCGACGCCUGCUGCCCCUGAAACCACUACCCCGGUUAUUCCCACCAGCGUCAGCCCUGGCUCGUCCUCCGUCAUUCCUCCGGACAUGACAACUACGGAGAUCACCUACACGACUGUCACUUGGUGCCCAGUUACCGAUACGAUCACCUCCGACGAGUCCACGUUUACUACCGUGACUACCAGCACUCUGAGCACGACGACCAUCACUGCAACGACCACCAUCUGCAAUCGCUGCACAUUGACCGGUGUUCCAUCGCCUUCUGAGACCCCUGCUGUUCCAUCGGAAACCCCCGAUGUCCCAACCGACGUCAACCCUACUACCACCCCAGAGGCCCCAGAGACCUCGGAGACUCCUGUCCCUGAAACUCCUGUCACCGAGAUCACCUACACCACAGUCACUACCUGUCCUGUCACUACCACUAUCACUAGUGGCGAUUCCACAAUCACUUCCACUUACACCACUGUCUCUACCGCCACGAUUACCGAGUCGGCAACCGCCUCCGUGCCAACCGCGGUCCUCCCCACGACAACCCCUGAGGCACCAGUUCCCGGGUCAACCGUCACCGAGAUCACAUACACGACUGUCACUACCUGCCCUGCAACAACCACAAUCACCAGCGGCGAUUCCACAAUCACGUCAACUUACACCACGAUCUCUACGCAGACCCUGACUUCUACCUCAACCAUCGCCGUGCCAACCUCUGUCUCUCCUGAGGAAACUCCUUCAACCCCCUCGGAGACAGAAACCUCCUCUACCCCCGUCCCAACGACCUCUUGCCCCAACGUUGUUCCUAAAUGUAUCAAUACCUGGCUCAACCUCAUCCCGGACUGCAAGUCCAACAGCGAUAUCACCUGCUUCUGCCCCUCAUCCGAGUUCACCGAGAAGGUUAUCUCUUGUAUCCAGGCAUGGGGUGCUGAUGCAGACGAGGUUCAAGCCGCUCUCUCCUACAUGGCUGGUAUCUGCGCCGCUUAUGUCCCUGAGAACCCCGGAAUCAUCACCAAUGUUCCUACGACGAUCACCCUCACCCCGCCUCCCGCCGCGACGCCUACGGAUGUGAGCCCUGAACAGACUGGCUCUGAAUCGCAGUCUCCGGUUCCCACGGCCCCUCCAUGCACGACAAUUACUUACUCAACGUACACCGUCACCGUGCCGCAAGUUGGAUUCUCCACUGCCACGGUCACGGAGACUGCUGGGUCGGGCGUCAACCCGGUGCAGACAUCUACUAUCGAGCUAGUUCCCCAGCCUACCGCGGCGCCGACUUCUGGCUCUGAUUCCGGCUCCGGCUCGGGAGCUGGGUCAACCACCCUCGCCAACCCCUGGACAACAACCCUGGCCACAAACACGCCGUCGCAGACCGUGACGCCCUCGCCAACAGCACCGGUGUUUACGGGUGCUGCGUCGCCUCUCCACCGUGCUCCAGGCUCGAUGGCUUGGUCGUGGGCUAUGGCGCUAGCCCUGCCAGUAUUUGCUCUCUGAUCUUAUUACCAAAUUUAGUGUCGUUUCCCUUUCUUUCUUAUAUCCAGUUCGGGCUUUUUUAUGUGUUUCUUUGGCUGCUGAUAUCUGUGUUAAUUCUUUGUCCAUGCCUAAUAUGCUACACAUACACCGCCACAUACAUCGGCUGGAUGAUUGUUCUCUGACAGCUCGGGCACUUAGUUUCCAGCUUAUUCCAGUUAAUUCAAAACAUACUGCAC